UAUACACACACGUUUGGCAGUUGGUUCGGAUAAUACCCCGCGCAUCUAUAUAGCACAGUUUACGCUCACGCCUCGGUGCGAAUUACAUUUGCAGUCGUCGUCUUUAUUGCUGUCGAACGUUGCUUGCAACUCGAACAAUUAUUACGCGUAGAUAUUUUCUUCUUUUUUUUUACUCGACGGAGUUGCAUAUAAACUCCUGUGUGUGUAUUGUACAACUACUCGACGUCGCCUCGUUUUAUCGAUCGAAUUUGAAUCGCAGAAGAAUAGAGAGAGCUCCGUGUCACACUGUCACACACAUAGGUCUUUCUCUCUCUAGAGCACUUUAUUGCAGCAGCGUCGUGUAAAUAGUAGUGCUCCUCUCUCGCUGAUAUUGAACGCGCAACGGACUUUGAGGUUAAAGCUACGAGACCGUUGCCGACGACGACGACGACGAUACAACUCCGAGAGGAAUAAUUCGAUUGAUCGUGCCUCGUUCUAGAACGAUUAGAAAGACAUCUAUUUAUUCGUCGAGUGGCGACGAUCAUCUCGUUUCAUUGACACUCUUUCUCUGCGUACAUACGAGCGAGUGACUGUUUUAUCUUUGGGCAGGAUCAUCCCCAAGAGUUAACACCACUUUCCUCUCCACCGAAAGUCUUUAACGAGAAGUCCUGAUCACAAUGAGUGAACAAAAUCAAGAGAUGCCUCCUCCUCAAGCCGAGCUCUCGGCCAAUGACCUUGAAAAAUUGGAGGAAGCAAAGUUGAAAGCUAAAUUUCCUGCUGUUGCUGGUCGACCCAUCAGUGGGCACUCUGCUUUUCUACAGAAAAGGCUAGCGAAAGGACAAAAAUUUUUUGAUUCUGGAGAUUAUCAAAUGGCUAAACAAAAACAAGCGGCGAAACCCAAGCCAACUGGAGUUCUGCCAACUGGUGAUGCCAUACCAACACCUGAAACUGUGCCACAGCGUAAAACUUCCAUCAUUCAACAAAAAUUUAAUACAUCAACGAGUACCUCAUAAGCAUUAUGUUUGAAUUUUUUGUGCCAUUGGAUGGUGUGUGUGCAUGCAUUGUUCAAACAGAAAACACGUCCAAAUCGUUAUAGUCUGGGUGCCUGUUGUGAGAAUCAAGUUAAAUGUGAUGUGCUUUGUUGAUUCCCAAUAAUUUACCUUCUGAUAGUAGACAUUAUAAAGUUUUCUAGUUAAUAAUUCUUUUCUAAGUACAACUUCAGCUUGCAAAAAGUUUCUUUUUAUUUGUCUAUUUUAAAUAACGAUCAAAAAUCUUUGAAAUUAGAAUGUAGAUUUUUAAAACUACCAGUGCUUGGUUAUAAGCAUUUAAACAUAAAUCAUAAAUGAACUUGUGUUAUAACAGGGAACAAACAAAAAUAUUAAAACUGAGUAAGUGUUAGUUUAUUACAUGUUAGCCUUUAAAAAGCAAUCAAAUUGUGAGAAUAAAUUUCAAAAUAAUAGUUGAAAAUGUCAAAGAUCAGCCACUGAAAUAUGUUACGAAUUUGUAACUCAUAACACUGUUACUAAUGCUGUACAAGAUUAUUACAUGUGCAUUUUUUAAAAAUUUCUGUGAUGUGCUUAGGGAAUCUAUUUUCAUAUAAGGAAUUCAUACUGUAAAAUAUCAAUUUCAAGUAUUAAGUAAUUAUAAAAUGAAUCACAUUUGGUUAUUGUAAACUACACUUAGUAAUACACUUAUGUUCAAAUAAUUGAUUUGUUAUUUUUCUCAACCUUACCAACAACUCUGAGAAACUCCUGAAAUAAUGACCCAUGUUUUGUAAAUAAUUAUGUAUUUUAUUUAACGAGAUCAAAGUAUAAGAAAAAAUACAGCGAAAAUAAUCCAUCUUAA